AUGUCAUGGAAUAUUAGAGGAAUCAAUAAAGCUGGUCGAACAUCAAAUAUUCGAAAUCCUAUAAAAAACUAUGAUGUUGGAAUGUGUUUUCUUUUGGAAACAAAAAUGCUAGUUUCACUAGCAGGAAGAUGGCCUAAGAGGCUUGGUUUUUAUAGUUCCUUUGUUAUCAAUGAGAUAGAUGGAAAAUCACAUAUUAUGCUUUUAUGGAACCCGAAUAUCUGUAUUGUUGAUAUUAUUAAUGUCCAUGACCAAGCUAUUACUGCAGAGGUGUCUCGACCUAGCACUGGAGUGUCAUUCAUCAUAACAGGAGUGUAUGGCAGAAAUUCUACGGCAGAGAGAGAGGUUUUGUGGGACUACCUACAGAACAUCAAGCUCAGUAUCGUUAGGUCAUGGCUCAUGCUUGGAGAUUUCAAUGCUAUUUUGGACUGGUUAAAUGAGCUUGGUGGUCGAAAUGCAAUUAGUCCAGACUCUGAGAGUUUUGCAAAAAUGUUAGUGGAUUGUGCCCUUGUUGACUUGGGUUCCUCGAGAGGAUGGUUCUCAUGGUCGAAUAGUAGUUCAAGGUCCCGGUGCAUUAGAGAGUGA